UUAGGAUCCUCUUAAUCCGUCUAUCGAAUGUUUGUAUACAAACGCACAGUAGAUGUAAAAAAACUUCGAAGUUCUGAAGUGCUUCAUUUGAGAAUUGUUCCAUUACUUCCACUUUCCGGAAAAAGAUGGGCACGAAUGUAGAUCUUUUAGAAUUUACCAAACAAACCGAAACGUUAUUGUGCGGCGUGGGGGCACAGAAUUUAGUAAAGGAGUGCAAAAGGAGGAAUAUAUCGACUAACGCGUUGCACAGGUUGACCAAGGAGGAUUUUGUGCAACUUGGUGCGGAUGCAGAUCAUGCAGAAAACAUAGUCAACGCUCUAUGUAUUUCUAAGAAAAAACAAUAUGAUGUAAAGCCAAAAUCUCAUUAUAGGGUACUCGAUAAAGUAGAGAUACUGCAGAUAGGUGAGAGACAGCUCAGUAUAAUCCAAGACUUUGUAAAGUAUUGCAAAAUGAAGCUAAAUAAAGAAAGAAUCAACUUCUUCAUUGAGGCAGAUAAGGCUUUGAGUGCUUCUCAAAUUCUAUGUAUAUCCGCUGAAGCUACUCUCAAUGAAGUCAGCGAGGCUGAGUUGAAAUUAAAAGAAUUGGAAGCUAUGAUAAUGAUGAUGGACGGCGGAGCGUACGGCGGUGGAAAGGCCGGGGCCCCUUUCGAUCCGAUCGCGUUCGUCCAGCGGCCGCAGGUCAUUCUGAGAGCAUUAUGCCUGGUAAGUCGUCACAGCCUCCUGAGAGCGGGAUCGUUUCAAGGUCGAUUCAAGAGCGUGAUCGCGACGACGACGCUAUUUGCAAUAAUCGUGUUUGGAUGUAUAAGCAGCAAGGGCUAUCUUGUGAAAGAAGAUGGGAAAGAAGUUUGUCUUUACAAUGAGGAUAAUAAUGCGUGCAACUAUGGGAUUGGUAUCGGAGUACUGGCGUUUUUGGCCAGUAUCGGAUUCCUCGCGGGUGAAUACCUGUUUGAACAAAUGUCGUCCGUCAAGACUAGGAAACAUUUUGUCCUCAUAGAUUUAGGUUUCUCGGGUUUGUGGUCUUUCCUUUAUUUUGUGGGAUUCUGUUACUUGACAAAUGCAUGGAAUAAUUCUGUAAGACCACCGAACGGAUAUGGAGUCAAUAAUGUACAAUCGGCUAUUGCAUUCUCGUUCUUUUCCAUCUUUACUUGGGCCGCUUGUGCUUGGUUCGCGUUUCAAAGAUUUAAACAAGGUACUGACGCGGCAUUUGCUCCAAGUUACGAGGCGGAUCCUGUCGGUGGUACAGGAUACACAAGUUAUCCUGACGCCACUGACACUGCUUACCAAGAACCGCCGUUCGGUCAACAACAACAGCGGGGUAUGGGUGACUUUCAAGCCCCAGCUUACUAAAAGUCAUCCAUAGUCGUACCAAAAUGUAUUUCCAUUAAAUGCACAGCGAGCUACUUACGAAAGAAGAUGAUUUAGGAUAAUUUUUCAGAACAAGAUAUAUAUUGUUUUCCAUCACCUAUUUUGCUUAAAGACUAAAGAGAACUUCAUUCGCUGAUAGGUCGCUGGGCAGCGCGUUGGUCAUAGAGUAAGUUUUCAUGGCAAGAUGUAGAAAGAAGUUAUUUGUUAAACUGUGCUUCUUAUUGUUGACCACUUGUAAGUUACACUUAUCCAUACGCCCGAUGUCACAAAAAAAUGCGUUAGGUGUGUUUGAAAUCCAUAUAUGCCUGGAUAUGCGUUAUGACGGUGGCUACUGACCAUCUAUGGGAAAUAAAUAUAAUAUCUUAUAAUGAGUAACACUAUAACUAAACUCCAUAAAUAAGUAAGAACUAGUACAUGCACAGGCUAUGUAUAUUUUAACGUUAUAACGUGUUCAUGGUAAAUGCGACUUAAAUAUAACAGUAAUAUUAUGCGUUGCAUUAUUAUGCAAUUAGUAUUAAACGAUGUACACGAAGUCUAGGAUUGAAAUGAGUAAGUCUCGAAUAAGUCGACACACGUUUUAAUAUUAGUGAGACAAUAUCUAAGUUACUUAAGUUACUUGUCGUAUGAGUUGCAAGAUAAUGAGAUAUUUCCUUACAGAAUAGCAUUAGCAAAUAUAAUUGCACUUAUAAACCGCGAUGAAUAACAAAACCAAAGUUUUAACAUUUAAAAAAAUAUAUAUAUAUAUACAUAUGUGCAAAUUAUAAUAGGCAUAACUUCACAUAAAUUGUCCAUGAUGUUAACUUACUAGAUUUUUGUAUUUGAGUCGCUCUAUAUGUUAACGAUUCAUUAACAUGAAGGGAAAAAAACUUGUAAUUGAAUGUGUCUCGAAGAAAGUUUAUUUUCAUUGAAUUUUUGUAUUCAAUGAUUCUUUACUUUGAUAAGUAUUUAUGAAAUCUCAGGAAUAUAUUUCCAAUUAUUCAUAUUUAUUUAUUUAAUUAUUUAUUAUCAUUAUUUAUUACACAAGAUGAAUAUAAAUCUCAAUAUGCACGCUAAGAGUCCUGCAUUACUAAAAAUAUGAAAUAUUUCGAUUGAUGAGCAUGAGCAUCGAUAGAAAAAAUAUAUGUAUAUGAUAAUUUUGAAUUUAAUAAUCCUGAAGGCGUGCGUGUCGUCGAAUAAUAGAAAAUAGCAAUCUUGAAUUAAUAAAUUGAGGUAAUCUUUUGUUUAGAGCAGAAUAAAAGUAUUAUAUAAAUACUUGUAUAAUUUUAAAUUUAUGGUUCGAAGUAUUUAUUUAGGUAUUCUUUUGUCGCUACAUUAAACAAUGUAAACAUUAUUAAAAACUUAUGCAGUAAUUUAGUAGUCUGAAAAGAUUCGAGAGAAUUAUACAUUCUAGGCAUGCACGAACUGUACAGUUGAGUAUAAGAAAUUCUUUAAUUUCCAUUUGUGUAAAAACAUGAUUUUUAUAGAUAUUUAUGUUUAUAGCCUUCCCCCUCGAUCUUUCGGUAUAUCUAGUUUGCAUAACUCUCUUGAAGAGAAUAUAUAAGAAUAUAUGAUCCUGAUAAUUUGAAAAACAUAGUUUGUGUAAAAUAUUACGUGAAAUGCAAUAAUAAUCAUUAUAUGUAUUCCUGAUAGUUCUAAAAAUAACAUCUCUUUGAAUGUGCAGGAUUAAUUGUGAUACGAAAAAAUGUAUUUUCGCGACAUUUAAUUAUAUUUUAUAUAUUUCCUUUUCUUUAUGAUUGAUUUAGACUGCAUAUUCAACGGGUUGAAUUUUUAGAUUAUGUUCACACUUCUCAAAAUUGAUCUCACUUCUUUGAAAUAUCUUAGCCCUUCUAAGUACAUAGCUAAUAAUAUUGUUGACUAGUAGCAUAGUGUGACAUACAGCUCAUGUCCACCAAGAAGGGUUGAGGCAAUAACAAACACAGUCUAAAAAAAAUUCUCACCAAUCUUUACCACAUAAGAAAGAAAACGUGAUCCGUGCUUUUGAUUUCGCCUGUGAAAUCAGAGGAAGGAACAGGAUAAUCGUACUUGGCAAAAUGUAAUACUAUCAAAAAGUAUCUACUAUAACGCUGUAAAAGAAUAAAAAUGUGUAUUAAGAUGUGAGUAUCGAUAACUAAUAAAUAUA